ACCAUUUUCAAUUUCAUAUACACCAUCUCGUAUUCUCGUCGUUGUUAACUCCAUAUCAGGCAGUGGCCGCCGCUGAGAAAGGAAGAAAUUUGGAAAACAAUGGCGAAUGCAUUAGCUACCAAAAUCAACACUCUUCGAAACUCUUCACUUUUCAGUUUCAUCAGAACCCUAUCCACUUCUUCUCCUUCUUCCGACGCCGCUUCCGCUACUACAAAGAAAUCAAAGCGAAGAAAGAAGAAGAAUUUUUUCGAGGUGGCUCAGUUUUUACCUAACUGGGGAAUCGGAUAUCACAUGGCCAAAACUCACUGGCAAGAAGUUUCUUACGAAAUCACCAAACUCAAUCUCUAUAAGGAUGGUAAACAUGGAAAAGCAUGGGGGAUUGCUCAUAAAAAUGGUUUGCCUUUAGUAGAUGCUCCGAAAAAAAUUAGCGGAGUUCACAAGCGUUGUUGGAGGUACCUCCCAAAUGUAGUUAAAGCAUCAGAAAGCUCACCAACCUUGACAAGUUCCACAGACAGUGGAUUAAAAGUUGAAACCCAAGCAAGUUAAUGCUUUGUAGUGACUUUGGAUUUCGAUUUAUGUUAACGACAUUAUGCCUUGUGUCUUAGAUUAGAUUUUCAACUGGCAUAGUUGUUUUUCACUAUGUUAACAUUUUGGUGUCAAUCAUGAAAUAUACCUUGCGCAUUUGUGUUGAGGUUCUUGUGCUUCUUUCAUUUAAACUUCUGAUUAAAUGACCUCUUGACCAUGAAACUUGCUUUGGGAGAGUAAGCUGAAUGGAUUUAAUUCUUCUA